UUGAAGACUGUACCUAGAGAAGCUUCCAUAGAAGAGGGUUUCCAGAAGGGCCCCAAGGAAGUGAUGGUGCUGAAAGCAACAGAACCAUUUACAUAUGAUCUCAUGGAAGCAGAGAGAAAGAUGUUCCAUGCCACUGUGGCUACUGAAAGCCAAUUCUUCCAAGUGAAGGUUUUUCAUGUCAGCCUGAAGGAGAAGUUCAUCCCAAAGAAAGUCAUCACCAUAUCAGAUUACUAUGGUCGCAAUGGGUUCCUGGAGGUGUAUGAUGCCACGUGUGUGUCUGAUGUCAAUGCUGACCGAAAUAUGGAAAUCUCAAGCAGACUGAUCCAAAAUGCAAAUGCAACUCCUAAAAUCAAUAAUCUUUACUCACAGGAGCCAGGAACAUUUGUGAGUGGGAUAUAUCAGGUGCAUAAGAAAAAAGUGUUGAAUGAACACAUCAUUUUGUAUGAAAUACAAGAUAAUACGGGGAAGAUGGAGGUCUUGGUGUAUGGACGACUGACCAAAGUCAACUGUGAGGAAGGUGAUAAACUCAAACUCAUCUGCUUCGAACUAAGUGCGGAUCCGAGACAGCUGAGAUCUGUAAUUCACAGUUUCAUCAAGGUCAUCAAGUCUAGGAAAAACAAGAAACAACCACUCAAUCCUGAUUCACAUAUGGAAACCUCACUAUGA